CCGCUGUAUUGUUGCAUUAUUGCACUUAUAAAAGUUUGUCACAGGAACGCGGCUGACAGAGCAGUUCGGCAUUCAAAAACUAUAGAGCUGGCAAAGCGAUCGACAUCUCACUGCAAUUAGAAUACGCCAUCGGCCAUUUAGUAAUUCUUUCGAGCCGCUAAGCUCACUUGUCAUUGUCGGCGCACAGGUAAAUCACGCACACCAUCAGCAGUCAAUAGAAGCAGCAGCAGCGGCCAUUUGAAAAAAAAUUCUGUGGGCCGCAUCGCGAGGCGUUAACUUACUCUAAUCACGGUCCGGCUUCGGCUUCUUGGUGGCUUUUAUUGCUCUUACAUUGGUGGUCGUGUGGCCGCGCUUAGACACGUCAACAGAAUCGCCGAGGGGCGUGGAGAGAGCCAAGCGCUGAGAACUGGUACAAAGAUGCGUGUUAGCCACAUUCGCAGCGGCCGCGUCUGCCGAGUGGCCCUGUGCCUGCUGGUCAUCUUACCGCUGCUCUACCUCUUGGCCAACUGGAGCGACCACCACAAGCGCGUUGAGGAGGCCUAUCACUCUCGUUUCGGCGGCCCCAAGUUCAGUCACCAACGGCUGGAGGGACGGCCCCGCGAAGUACCCAAGCUAAUCGAAGGGCUUGGUAACUUCGAGCCGAAAGAUCUGAAGCCACGUAGCGGACCCGGGGAGAACGGGGAGGCCCAUAGCCUGUCGCCGGACAAAAAGAACGUUGCGGAUGACUCCGAAAUGGAGUAUGGGAUGAACAUCGCCUGCUCCAAUGAUAUUUCCAUGCAUCGGUCAGUGCGCGACACGCGCCUCGAAGAGUGCAAGCACUGGGACUACCCAUACGACCUGCCACGUACCAGCGUCAUUAUCGUCUUCCACAACGAAGGCUUCUCGGUGCUGAUGCGCACUGUUCACUCGGUGAUUGACCGCUCGCCCAAGCACAUGCUUCACGAGAUUAUCCUCGUGGACGACUACUCGGACAAGGAGGAUCUGCGCAGCCACCUGGACGAGUACUCGAAGCAGUUCAAUGGCCUGGUGAAAAUCAUACGCAAUAAGGAGCGCGAGGGCCUCAUCCGGACGCGAUCCCGUGGAGCCAUGGAGGCGACAGGUGAGGUUAUUGUGUUCCUCGAUGCCCACUGCGAGGUGAACCUCAACUGGCUUCCACCGCUGCUGGCACCCAUCUACCGUGACCGCACUGUGAUGACUGUGCCCAUCAUCGACGGCAUCGACCACAAGAACUUCGAGUACCGGCCCGUUUACGGGACGGACAACCACUUCCGCGGCAUCUUCGAGUGGGGCAUGCUGUACAAGGAGAACGAGGUGCCUCGCCGCGAGCAGCGACGACGAACUCACAACUCGGAGCCGUACCGAAGUCCGACGCAUGCCGGUGGGCUGUUUGCCAUUAACCGCGAGUACUUCCUGGAGCUGGGCGCCUACGAUCCCGGCCUGCUGGUGUGGGGUGGCGAGAACUUUGAGCUUAGCUUUAAGAUCUGGCAGUGCGGUGGCAGCAUCGAGUGGGUGCCGUGCUCGCGCGUCGGCCACGUCUAUCGUGGCUUCAUGCCAUACAACUUCGGCAAGCUGGCCAGCAAGAAGAAGGGACCGCUGAUCACUAUCAACUACAAACGUGUGAUUGAGACGUGGUUCGACGAUACGCACAAGGAGUACUUCUAUACGCGCGAGCCGCUGGCUCGCUACCUGGACAUGGGGGACAUCACCGAGCAGUUGGCUCUGAAGAAGCGCCUCGGCUGCAAAUCCUUCCAGUGGUUCAUGGACCACAUCGCCUACGACGUCUAUGACAAGUUCCCCGGCCUGCCGGCCAACCUCCACUGGGGCGAGCUGCGCUCGGUGGCCUCAGACGGCUGCCUUGACUCCAUGGGACACCAGCCGCCGGCCAUCAUGGGGCUCACCUACUGCCACGGAGGCGGCAACAAUCAGCUCGUGCGCUUGAACGCCGCCGGCCAAUUGGGCGUCGGUGAGCGCUGCGUCGAAGCGGAUCGCCAAGGCAUUAAGCUGGCCGUCUGCCGUCUGGGUACCGUCGACGGACCCUGGCAAUACAACGACCACACCAAGCAUCUCAUGCACCGCGUCCAUAAGAAGUGCAUGGCCCUGCACCCCACCACGCAGCAGCUCACGCUGGGACACUGCGAUGUUAACGACAGCUAUCAGCAAUGGUGGUUCAAGGAGAUACGUCCGCGCUGGUAAGACGACAGUCCCACGGAGAAGCUUGAGGAGGAGGAGCAGAGGGAGGCGUACGAAAAUGGAGGAGUACGCAACGGAGGAGAGAAUGCAAAAUCUCAAUAGGGUUUCACCAAGGCCGUGCGCGUGAGAGCCGUCGAGGGGGAAGGGACGAGCCAGAUUUUAGACAAAAGCAAUUUAGUGAAAAUGAGAAAUGGAAUUGUUGUUGGUUUUUUAGCGCAUAUACAUACAGAUAUACACACAGAGACAGACAUUUUUGAAACGCACUGUUAUGGCAGGAGGCACAUGACGUAGGCAUCCUGUCGGCAGGGGGCCUCGGGCUCGACCAAGGCAUCAAAUGCCAUGGGAUAUUAGGGAGACGCACUUUAAGACACAUUUCAAUGAUAUUACUUGUACACGAAAUUUGGAAAACGAUAUUCAUGAUUUCAAAUCAAAUUGUGAUGGGAUGGGGGGAGGGGGGAGUAGGGCAGUGGUGUAGUCCCGGAUAACAUUGUGUGUUGCCUGGAAAUUGUACAAGAUAUUCUUCGAGCAUUGUAAUUCACAUAUAACCAUGUUUAAAAUCCGUCUUAUAAAUAAUGUUACUCGUGAAACAUUCAAUAUUCAUAGUCAGUUAUAAUAGGAAUAGGGAUAGCCAUCCCAAUGCCAAGUAUUGUUUAGGAUCUUCAAGAUCACCUUUAUGACUAAAUGUUAGAAUAGCAAUAUUCAAAAUUUAGAUUCGAAAUUUACGAAAUGAUACAAAAGUACGAUACAUGAAUAAUGAGGAAAGAGGCAGUGAAUGUGAGGCUAUUCCGAAAGAAAUGAAAAGCUUGCCAGGAUAUUUUAGAUACGAGUAUAUCAAUCGAGAAAUCUCAAUAUUUGUCAUUGCCAUUUUCAAUCAAUCAAUCAACAACAACAAUCAGGACCCAGGGCCUCUAUGCUAUAGGGAUGGCCAUGCCCAUGUCCCCCCUGUCAUGCUUUACUAGUGCGCCUGAGUGAGAGUGAGAGAGUGCGAUAGAUGGAAAUGAAAGCGAGGGAGAUGGCGAUUGAGGGAGGAAGUCGUUGUGCAAUAGAGAUUCAAGAUAGAAUAUGACAGCGGGUCGCAGAUUUUUUUGUUUGCCUAUGAUUGCCAACCCUGCACACAAAACAAAACAAAACAAAACGAAAAUCGAUGUAAAUGUGCUUAGUCGUAUAUGCUUUACUAUUACUGUAAUUCUGAUUCAGUUACUUAUAUGAGUACUACUUUCCAAGUUUCGAUGAUGAUGAUGCUAUCACAUUCCAGUCCAGGCGUCCAGUCCAGUAUCCAAUCAAGUCCCCAGCUACGGAACCACCAGAGAUAAAGAAAAAGCUUUCAUUUAACCAUCGUUUUUUUCGUUCUCGGUUAUACUCUUUGUACUAAGCAAUCGUAGUUGUAAUCCGUAAAUCCGAAUCCGAUCAACCUAUCGACUGGCCAACAUCUAACGGUACUGCUUAUAGUGUACGAUUUUUUAAAACAAUAUUUUACAUUGAAAUGUAACUAGAGCUAUCGAAUAAGUCUGAAUAAUAGCAUAGAAAUAAACACGUUUUUAAACACUUUAUCUUGUAAAGCCCAUA